GUUUAUAAAUCUCUUGCUAACUGCCUACGACAGCACAGGUGCCGACAUAUUUAACAUGAUUAUUAGUAAAUGUUUGUUUUUUAAAUUAAUGAUAUUUCAUUGUUUCAGACGAUGGAGACAGGCCGAGGUGUGCAAUACUUUGCGGCAUUUGCUCUGUCCUUGGCAACGGCUACAAUGGGAGUAUCAUCAGCGUGGCCAACCCCUGUCAUACCAAAACUCUACAGCAAUGAGACGAGCUUGAAUAUAACAGAGGAUCAGAUAUCAACAAUGCUAGCUAUGUCUGCUCCUGGUUUUGUAGUUGGCAGUCUCGCCACGAGGUUUAUUGCAGACAUGAUGGGAAGGCGAUCAACGGUUCUCGCUAGCGCAGUUCCUUUUGCAUGUGGAACGUUUAUCGCUGCAACAGCGAAGGUACCUUGGCUACUGUAUAUUAUGAAAUUUCUAUGGGGUUUCGGGACGGGAAUGGUUUCCUCCGUGGCGACGAUAUAUCUCGCUGAAAUAUCGGAUAAGGAUCUACGUGGUACUCUCUCAGUGGGCACAAGAUUUAUGUUUAACUUCGGGAAUCUUAUAAUGAUAUCUGUUGGGCCCUUUUUGUCCUAUGAAGUUCUGAAUUACACCAUAUUAGUGCUACCAUUCAUUUUCUUUACGGUCUGUCUGUGGGUACCGGAGUCGCCUUACUAUUAUCUGAAGGAGGGCAAAGUAGAAAAUGCUAGAAAAUCUUUGUUACGAUUGAAAAAUCAUGAGAAUAUUGAAAACGAGUUAGAAUUGUUGAAACAGGAUGUGUCUAAGGAGAUGAAAAAUUCGAGCUCGGCCAAGGAGCUCUUUACGGGUGCACAAUAUAGACGACCAAUUAUCAUAGCUGCAGGGUUAAAAGUGACGCAGAUAAUGACAGGAACCACGACAGUUCAACAAUACUUCGGAAGGAUAAUGCAAGAAAUUAACACCGACAUGAAACUCUCUACCUUUCUUAUUAUAUUUGGCGCGGUUAAAUUUAGUGUUGGUAUAAUGUCAUCUUUUUUAGUGGAUAAAGUUGGUCGUCGACCUCUUCUCAUAUAUUCUUUGUUAGGGACCGGAAUUUCCUUGGUCAUUGCUGGCAUAUAUUUCUUUUUACAAGAGGUUGCCCACGUUAAGCAAUCAUCACUGCGUUCUUUUGGAUACAUUCCUUUUAUUGCCUUAAUCCUUUCUAAUGUUAUAUCAACUGUUGGUUUCAGUUCAAUCAUAGGAAUAAUACACGCGGAAAUCUUCCCUUUAAACGUAAAAGCGCUCGCUAUGACAUCUCUAAACGUUUUUGGAGGUUUCUUAGGUUUUACAGUCGCAAAAGGUUACCAAGCGAUCAAAAAUGUUUCGGGUCUUUAUGGUGUUUUAUGGACAUUUGCUUCGAUAGCAAUUUUUGGUGCUGCAUUUACAUAUUUCACUGUACCUGAAACUAGAGGUAAAAGUUUGCGUGAGAUCCAAGAUAUGUUAAAUUUUGGUGCCAACAGUGGGCUCGAUGAAGAAAAUAGAAUUAAUGACAAUAAUAUUGAGAAGGAAGAACGUAUUGAGUUAAACCAACUGCAAAAGGAGACUGAUGUUAAUAAAAAUUAAAAUUUGUUAUUGAUCUCGUUUUUAGUAUACGAGUGUAAACUAAAUAAUUAAGCAUUUAAAUUUGAACUGAGAAUUUUUACCAAAAGUUUAUUAAGUGUAGUACUAAUUUUUAUGGUUUUAUAGCACUGUGUUUUCUCGAAGCUAUUAGGUAAGAAUUGUAACUUUAUAUUAGGUAAUUAUAGAGGAGUUAAUAAGAAUGUAAUAAUACAGUGACUUCUAAAUUAGA